AUGGGUUCCAUAAGAAGUGGUUCAAAUAGCCUACAGAUGAAAGGAUUAAGAAAUGUGGGCAUCAUCCAGGUAAACAAGACAGUGAAAGACAAAGCAGCACUCCCCUGUAAUUACAACAUUUCCUCGGAACAGCUGGCAAGCGUUCGCAUCUACUGGCAAAAGGGAGAUGAAGUGGUGAUGACUAUCGUGGCUGGAGAAGUAAAGUGGUGGCCCAAGUAUAAGAACCGCACCUUCUCCCUCGCCAACAACCUCUCCAUCAUGAUCCUGGCUCUGCGCCCGUCAGACAAUGGCACGUACACCUGUGUUGUUCAGAAGCAGGAUAAAACGUCUUACAAAUUGGCACACCUGAAUGAGGUGACAUUAUUUGUCAGAGCUGACUUCCCUGUCCCCAGUAUAACCGACCUUGGAAGUCCAUCUUCUAAGACUAAAAGAAUAAGUUGCUCAACCUCUGGAGGUUUUCCAGAGCCUCACCUCUCCUGGUGGGAAAAUGGAGAAGAAUUAAAUGCCACAAACACAACACUUUCCCAGGAUCCUGACACCGAACUCUAUAGUAUUCACAGUGAAAUGGAAUUCAGUGUGACGACCAACCACAGCUUCGUGUGUCUUGUCAAGUAUGGAGAUUUUACAGUGUCGCAGAAGCUCAACUGGAAAAAAAAUGAGCCGGAACCUCAUCAUUCCUCCAAGAACUGGACUUAUGCCUUAAUAGUUGUGUGUUGUGUGAUCAUUCUAAUAAUAAUCAUGUAUUACAUUUGUUGUAGAACACGAAUAGCGGGAGCAUGGCGAGGAGCUACCGUACCUCCAGAAGAUAUAUAGAAGAAUCAGACCGAACAUCUAAAGGGCUCUGGACUGAUACUGCCGGCCUCGCCA